AGUCCUCGACAUUAUGACCACAAUGGGUAACCCUUCUCCCCGCCACAUUGGUGAUAACAUCAUCAAUGUCGGGGUGGGGGUUUUAUCCAUUGUGGUCGUAAUGUCGAGGACUGCCUGCAUAAGGCAAGGAGACUUUCCCUUGAAAGGGAGUUUUGGCCCCGUUUUAUGAACUUUCCGCCCGGGGCGGUCGUUAAGCGAAUGGGCAUUAGAAAAGUUAGCAGCCUGGGUUGUUCGACGAAUCCGGCUUUGCUCCCCGUUGACUUUUGCUGGUGGAAAGGUCGCAAAAGGGGGAUCGCGUGACACCCCCACCUGCCCGGGAUGCAGCGACCGUUAUAGAUACGAACGUAAAUCGGGUGACCCUGGUGGGAAUGCUUCCAAUGGUCCAGAAACAUGAAAAGAUGAUCGCAAGUCGCUGGGGUUUUUGUUUUUUUUUGGCGAUGCCAUCGUCACUUUGAGCAGUCACUGAAUGAACUGUUGUUGUAAGUCGAGGAUGAGCGGUCAUGUAAAAGUGGUCACUUCCCGAGAAGCAUUUCACUCCACGCUUUGCCGGUUUGUAUUGCGCCGCCCCUUUUGCGAGCUUCUCGCUUUGUGCCCUGUGCCUCGCUUUGUGCCCUGAGAAGGUCCCUCUGCGUGUUGUUUAAUUCUUCCAGAGCUGCAGAGCAGGCACAUCCUUCUGCUGACCCUCACCCAUCCCAGGGAAGGAGGGAGGGAGGGAGGCUUGGCAACUGUCUGCCAGGAACCCAAAGGGAAGUUGGUACCUGGGGCACCCUCUCUUUUAGGGAUGCAAGAGCUCCUGCCUGUCACUUCCAAUUCCCAGCUCUUUGAACCCUUUGAUAACCCUUUGAAUGAAGAGAGGACUAUAGAGGGCAGAGAAAUCUCUAGAGUAGGGGUCUGACACGAAUUGGGGUGUGUGUUUGUGUGUGUGCGUGCGUGCGCACGCGGAUAUGGCGCUGUCAUUCAGACUUCUGGAGCCUCACCAGCAGGUUUGACAGCCGCUUCCCGGCCUUUAUGUCCAUUCCCUCUCAACGAACGGAUUUGGUGCCAGACUUGUGUCCCAUAACCCUCUGCGGUCACCUUGCCUUUUUCCUUCCUCGCACCAAUAUUCUCACUGAAUUUCGCCGUUACCGUCUUACUUUUUAGCGACCAUGCUUAUUUAGGGAGGCGGUGGCUCAGUGGCUAAGACGCUGAGCUUGUCGAUCGAAAGGUCGGCGGUUCGAAUCCUGAACGCCGCAUAUAACGGGGGUGAGUUCCCGUGACUUGUCCCAGCUUCUGCCAACCUAGCAGUUUCGAAAGCAGGUAAAAAAUGCAAGCGGAAAAAUAGGGACCACCUUUGGCGGGAAGGGAACAGCCUUCCGUGCGCCUUUGGUGUUGAGUCAUGCCGGCCACAUGACCACGGAGACGUCUUCGGACAGCGCUGGCUCUUCGGCUUUGAAACAGAGAGGAGCACCGCCCCCUAGAGUCGGGAACGACUAGCACAGAUGCGUGAGGGGAACCUUUACCUUUACCUAUACUUAUUUACUGCAUUUAUAUACAACCGCCGCCGCGCCCCCCCCCCCCAUCGCACAGUCACUCUGGAGUAAGAUGCUGUCUGGCCACUUCUACCAGCUGCAGAUAAUUUAAUGGAGGGGAGGGCAGGGCAGCUUGUAGGGAGAAUCCAUGCUCCGAAUGAAAUUCAGCGAGGAGGCGGGGGAGGCACCCUCACCGCCAAAAAUGGCGGUGUUCGGAGCGGUGUGAUCCAACCUGAACCGAGAGCCCAAUUUUGGCCAACGGGGCCCAUGUAAAAUGAACUACUUGGAUAAGAGCAAAAUCUCUGCCGAGGGGCUUUGCGUGAGGUUGAGUUCGCUGGAGAAGGAAAAAUUCAUCCAGCUGAGCGAGCUUGCCUUCACUUUCAAAGAUUAACUCGCCCUCCGUCCAGACUUUGGACUACCAAGCAAAUGCAGUUACACCUCACUGGGGAAGCUGUUAAGAGAAUGCCUGUCCUUAUUGCCAAACCCAGCCGCAGGAAGCAGGACACGGCUGAAGUGGGCUGCUGGCACUUAGGCCUGUCCUUUCCUUCCAUCAAGGAAAAGGGCUACCCGAGCAACCAUUUCCUUACGCAGCCACCAGAAAGUAGCCUUGGUUGAGCUGGGACCACGGCCCUGCUCUGGGAAACUGCCCACCCCUUUGGGGUUCAGCCAACCGGCCAAGCCGUCGGGCCGCCUCUACCGGCCUCGCUGGCUUGGAAUGAGAGAAAUGGUCUCUCCAGAAGUGUCGGCCGGAGGACGGAUUCUCAUCUUUCUGGUUACCGAACUUUAAUGGUGACAUCCCUCCUCCCCCACCCCCGGUUCCCCAUGGUUUUGCCGGUGAGAAUGACCGGGCGUGCACGGUGCUCAUGAUGGAAAUAGAUAGACGACUGGAAAAGAAACUGAAAAUCAGCCAAAAAGAAAGCAGGAAAUCCAAGUCCCCACCCAAAGUGCCGAUCGUAAUUCAGGACGACAGUCUUCCUUCGGGGCCCCCUCCGCAGAUUCGGAUCUUGAAGCGGCCCACGAGCAACGGGGUCCUGACCAACCCCAACUCUACCAGCCGGCCUGCCUUCCCAGUGAAGACACUGGCCCAGAGGGAGGCUGAAUACGCAGAAGCCAGGAAGCGGAUCCUGGGCAGUGCCAGUCCUGAAGAGGAACAAGAAAAACCCAUCCUUGACAGGCCCACAAGGAUCUCCCAGCCGGAAGACUCCAGGCAGCCCAGCAAUGUGAUCAGGCAGCCACUGGGCCCCGACGGUUCGCAGGGCUUCAAGCAACGCAGAUAGGCUUGGCUGGCCGACCGGCCAGUAUGAAAGCAGGGUGCUCCCCCUCCUCAGCAGACCAAUGGACCUGAGCCACAGGGGCGAGACUUGCCCUAAACGUCCCCUUGGCUCUUUGCUGCUUCUUGUGACCCUCAGCCCAGGCACUGGGACUCCUGCUGCGCCUCUGCGUGGAAUUGACACGCCGAUGAGGGCGGCGCGCCGAGGGAGGAGCAGGCGGCAGGGCAGGCUUCUCCGAGGGACCGGGUUGCCGCAACUUGCUGCCUGCUGAAGCGAGGGUCGUGUCCCCUCCGCGGCAAAGGAAUGACUUCUCCCGUUGGCUCCCUCCAGCAUCGGAAGCAGGAGGGAUGGGAGGGGUGGGAGCUCUGCUUCUCAACACGUGCGUGUCGGCGCGUGUUACAUUUGGAGCAAGGUGCAAACGGGGCGGGUGGGCGGAAGGUGUACGCAAAGGUUCGAACCUUUGCUUUGGGGGGAAACGGGAUGGCUGUGGAUCCUUCACGCAUGGGAAGAAGCAGCAGCAGCAGCAGCAGAAGAAGAAAAGGGGAUGUGUUAGCUGUUUUAACUUGUUUUAUCUCUGAGAAACGGUAGUUGCUAGUGUUGAGAAAGGAGGGGAGUUGAGAGCAAGCGGCGGUGGGCAACUCUUCCUCUUCCCGCUUGCUGCCUGCCGCUUUGGAACGAACAAACGAACGAACGGAGGGCGCCUCGGGCCCAUCUUCCCACCGCUUCGUGGGCCCUGGGCAGAGACCCCCAGCGCCUCUGCCUCCAUGGGACGGAGUUUGGGGCCCCUCCUUUGCCUGGAGGGAUCGCCCUGCCCUCCUGGUCUCGACCAGCACUCUCUGCGCCUCUUGGUGCUGCUUCCAAACAAAGAUGCGGGCAAGCCUGCUUUUUUGCCACUAGGACUCUUGAGCUAGGAAUAUAGAGUAGUUCCUAUCUCCCAUCAUGUCCUGCUGGGUCCUCGGGAGGACGACAGGCCCCGAAUGUUGCUUGUGCUGGCCAUGGAUGUCAGGCCCAGCUGAGGGGGGCCCCCCUCCCCGAGCAGUGAGGCGUUUGGCCCCGUUCGUUCUUGGGUCAGUCUGCUAUUUUUUGGAAGGCAAAGAAGCGCAGGGUGGGUGGGUGGAAGCAAAGUCUAGAAGUCGGAAAGAAGUCUCCAAACGGGACGGGUCACCAAAGACUCCGAAGUCUUAAUAACGGGCCUCGACACCGCCAUUUUCAAGAUGGCCUCCUGCGGAGGGGGGGGGCGCAGAACGGAUUUGCAGUGAUGGAGGGCCACUCCGUGGCUUGCGGGCCCCAAGCAAUACUCUCUUAGCUUUUUCCCAGGUGGUCAGACAAAAUGAAACAGACACUGGAGGGGGCUGGUUAGGAGACCCCCCCCCCCCCGCCCGCGUGGCAGAUGCCAAGUGUCGGACCAGCUGGGGCUUUGCUCCCUAGCAGCCAUAUUUGAGUGUGGGGGGAGGUGGAGAAGCCUCCCUCCGCACACCACUUCCAGGUGCCUGGGCUAGCUCGCUUCACUGUGUUUUUCCCAAGUCUGCCUUGCGGGUUUCGCUGCCUGGUUUCGAGAGGAGAGAACCGGUUCGUAGAAAGAAGGGGACACCUCGACCCGUGCUGGAGGGGCGUGUUAAGUGUAUGUAUGUGGGCGGGGGUGCGAGGGCGGGUUUGGGGGUGCUGGAGGAAUGGUGUCUCUCUCUACAUCGACACAGGUCGUGGAUCAAAAACACCGCAGAAGAAGAAGAAGCAACCGGUCAAAAAAGUAAUAAUAAUAAUAAUAAUAGAAAUAAAAAACUACCUGUGUACAAAAAGUGAAAACAACUCGGCUGGCCCUUCAGUGGGUACCCUUCUCUCUUUCCAUCCCUGCCUCUCUCCCUGUUUGCUGACAUCCCCCCCUCCCCGAUUUUCCAGCUGGCCUUUUUGUUCUCUCUCCCACCCC